UCUUUCUAUACACACCAACAUGGCUUCUAUUUCCAUCCUUCAUUUUCUACUCAUUUCUCUCUUUUGCUCUUUCCUUUUAGUCUCAUCUCGCCACCAACAACAACCAAACUCCAAUCCAAAACCAAAUCUAUUGGUUUUACCAGUUCAACAAGAUGCUUCAACUGGACUCCAUUGGGCCAACAUCCACAAAAGAACCCCUUUAAUGCAAGUUCCAGUUCUCCUUGACCUCAAUGGCAAACACUUAUGGGUCAACUGUGAACAACACUACGCAUCCUCAACAUACCAAGCACCCUAUUGCCAUUCAACCCAAUGCUCCAGAGCCAAUGCUCACACAUGUCACACGUGUGUCUCUUCUUUCAGACCCGGUUGCCAUAACAACACCUGUGGGCUUAUGUCCGCAAACCCGGUCACUCAACAAACAGCUAUGGGUGAACUGGCUCAAGAUGUCCUCGCUAUCUACGCCAUUAAUGGGCCUAAGCCCGGCCCAAUGGUUACAAUCCCUCAGUUCCUCUUCUCUUGUGCUCCUUCCUUUUUGGCCCAAAAGGGCUUACCCAAUAACGUUCAAGGCGUUGUUGGGUUAGCCCAUUCACCCAUUUCACUGCAAAAUCAACUUUCAUCCCAUUUUGGACUCAAACGCCAAUUCACCAUGUGUCUCUCUCGACACCCAAAUUCAAACGGAGCUAUACUCUUUGGGGAUGCACCAAAUAACAUGCAUUUUGGUCAGGGCAAUAAUUAUAAUAACAAAAACAACCCUAAUCUUUUCAAUAAUUUGGUUUACACCCCAUUAACAAUUACACAACAAGGAGAGUACCGUAUACAUGUUACCUCCAUAAGACUUAAUCAGCACACUGUUGUUCCAGUGAGUGCACCUAUGUUAUCAUCAUAUCCAGAAGGUGUUAUGGGAGGAACAUUGAUUAGUACUUCAAUUCCUUAUACAAUUCUCCAACACUCUCUCUUUGAGGCGUUUACACAAGUAUUUGCUAAGCAGUAUCCAAGACAAGCACAAGUGAAUGCUGUUGGACCGUUUGGUAUGUGUUUUGAUUCCAAAAGGAUUAACCAAGCUCUUAGUGUUGAGUUUGUGAUGGAUAGGCCUGAUGUUGUUUGGAGAAUCUCUGGUGAAAACUUGAUGGUGCAGCCACGAAAUGGGGUUUCUUGUUUGGCAUUUGUGAAUGGUGGGUUGCAUCCUAAAGCUGCUAUUACUAUUGGAAGUCGUCAAUUGGAAGAAAAUAUGAUGAUGUUUGAUCUUGCAAGGUCAAGGCUUGGGUUUACUAAUUCCUUGAACUCCCAUGGAAUGAAGUGUUCUGAUCUCUUUGACUUCACCAAUGCUCCAUAGAUCUCAUCACUUUAUGUGUGUGAGACAGAGAGGGAUAUAGAGUAUAUGCUUAAUUAUUAAGUAUAAGCAUCUACUUUGUUGUUGUUUUCAUGGUUAAUAAAAGCACUAGUAAAGAAUAAAAUCUUGAAGUGAUGAAUGAUAAAAGACACUUCUUGUGUUGUUUAGACACAAAUUUGUUGUUUCA